AGGUCCUUUUUAGACGGUGUCUGUGAUUCAGACAUUCAGAACUGAAUGCAGCUGGUGACUCUGUGGCAAUGUGGAGAAAUCAUGACAGAAAAUGCAGUUCAUACAGGAGCCGUCAAUGCUGUAAAAGAAGUCUGGGAAAAAAGAAUUCAAAAACAAAAUGAAGAUCUGAAGCUACAGAAAGACUUUCAACAGAAGCUAGUGCGCAUCUGGGAAGAGAGAGUUAGCUUAACCAAGCUAAGAGAAAAGGUUACUGUGGAAGAUGGGAGAAUUAUUUUGAAGAUAGAAAAAGAAGAAUGGAAGACCCUUCCUUCUUCUCUACUGAAACUGAAUCAGUUGCAGGAAUGGCAACUUCAUAGAAUUGGUUUGUUGAAAAUUCCUGAAUUUAUUGGCAGAUUCCAGAACUUGAUUGUGUUAGAUUUAUCUCGAAAUACAAUUUCGGAGAUACCACGGGGAAUUGGACUGCUCACUAGACUUCAGGAAUUGAUUCUUAGCUACAACAAAAUCAAGACUGUCCCCAAAGAACUAAGUAACUGUGCCAGCUUGGAGAAACUAGAACUUGCUGUUAACAGAGAUAUCUGUGACCUUCCACAAGAGCUCAGCAAGCUGUUAAAUCUUCUGCACCUUGAUUUGAGUAUGAACCAGUUUUCUACAAUCCCUCCUGCUGUGUUGAAUAUGCCAGCCCUAGAGUGGCUUGACAUGGGAAGCAACAGACUUAAACAACUUCCUGAUACUAUAGAAAGAAUGCAAAGGCUACAUACUUUAUGGCUACAGCGGAAUGAAAUAACAUGCUUGCCAGAAACAAUCAGCAAUAUGAAAAAUCUGGGUACUCUUGUUCUCAGCAACAAUCAGCUGCAAGAUAUUCCAGUGAGCAUGGAGGAAAUGACAAAUCUGAGGUUUGUCAACUUCAGAGACAACCCACUGAAAUUAGAAGUAACACUUCCUCCAAGUGAAAAUAUAGAUGAAGAACAGGAAUUAUUUGGCCUUCAGUUUAUGCAUGCUUACAUUCAGGAGUCCCGGAGAAGAGCAGGUAUGAGAUUUGUGUAG